AUGUACACCAAAACCUGGUUUUGGGCCGGUUUGGGUUCGGAACCGCUGGUUCAGGUUCAGUCGAUGGAGAAGCUAAAGUGGGGUUUCGACCAGACGAGCUUCGAUCGCGACCGAGCAUACGGUUUUUCAUGGCCGCAGAGGAAUUAUCGGUGCAGCUUUUGCAAAAAAGAGUUCAAAUCCGCGCAAGCGCUCGGUGGCCACAUGAACGUCCACAGACGAGACCGGGCCCGCAUGAGGCUUUCGUCACCUUCUUCGGGCUCGUGGGAUUUUCCAUAUCCACCAAACCCUAAUUACUCUAACCCUAAUCAAAAGCCAAACCCUAUCCAAAACCCUAACCCUAGGGCCGUGCUUUUUUCGGGUUCGUUGCUCGGGAAAAAUGUUUCGAGUGGUGUCGAGUGUGGGGAUUUUAUUAGGGGGAAGAAGAGCAAAGGGGAUAAGUUUGGGUUGGGCGAUGCUAGGGUUUGGAAGGCGAAAGAGAUUGUGGAGCUGGAUUUGAGCUUGGGUUUGAUUGAUGAUGUGAAGGAGGAUUUGGAUUUGGAGCUUAGACUUGGGUAUUCUUCUUGA